AUGAACAUCUUUCUCGUUUCCCGAGGAGGCGGUGUAGGUGGAGUCCGCCGUGAUCGCGCCAGAGGCGAAAAAAACCCGCGUCACGCGCGCCUCCGUCUGCGCUCCUCAGCUGCUGCGGCCUUCGCGGAAAACUGGCGGCCUCGCCUCCCACCUCGUCUAUUUUCGCCUCCCUUCCUCUCCGUCACCUUGCUACUGGCGAGCCUUUGGAGCGGGAUCGACGCCUCUCGUGCCUUGUCCUCUAGCCAGGCCCGUGGAGCCCUGGCCUCCGUCCCUUUCGCCGCCCCCGCCGCCGCACAAUGGAGACACCCUUCCCUUCGCCCGUGGUGUUCGCGGCUUCGUUCUGGAGGCGUGAGGCCCUCGAAGAGCCGCCGUGCUACUGGCGCCAAAGAAGAACGGCGAGGAGCUGAGAAAGAGCUUUUCCCUCUGGAGUGGGAGAUUCGGUGCCACGUGCACGAAAAAGAGGCCGAAGGACCUCCGGGUCUCGUGAGGAGGCGGGAGGCAGCCAGUUCGCUCAGGCUGACUGAAGCGGAAAGAGACAGCCCGGUCAGAGGCGGAGCAAGGAGAGAGUGGAGCGGAGAAGAUGGAGACGUGUCGCACUGGAAGAGCGCAGUUUUCUGUGAGGCUUUUCUUCCGCGCGGUCACCGCGAGUCUGACACGCAGCGCCGUUGCGCGUUCAGUGCUUCCUCGUCGCGGCCUGGCUCUGAGCUACAGGAGCUUUUUCAACGCAAGGAUGCCCUUUCAGGGCUCUUGUCUUCACUUCCGUUCUCUCCGCGUCCCGCCCCCUCCGCCUUUGUGGCCUCUCCUUCCGUUCCUCUUUCGUCUUUUACUGCUAGUUUUUUUCCCUUCCUCUCGCUCUCUCGCUUGCAGCCGGCUCGGCGUCCGCCGUUUCGCUCUCUGCGCCCGUCAGCCCCUCCCCGCUGCAUUCGCUGCGAGGAGAGCGGAAAGUCCUCCGCGCUGCGGUCUUCGCCGCCGUCGCUGCCUCUCUCCGGGCUUCUUCCGCCGCCAUGGAUGCUUGUCCCGCCUGCGCUAGCCGCGUACUACGAGCGCGGCGGCGACAGCGAGGCGCCAGGCAGCUCGCCAGCAGCUGAUGAAGAUGCAGAAGACGACGAAGCGAGCUACGCGGCGGAGGGCGAGAGCGCUGGAGACGAAGGCGCGGGCGCGUGCGAGGCGAGGGCGGCAGGGCGGCGUGGUGUCGCUGCGGCGAAGCGCGAGCCGGGUCCGCCCUCCCCUCACCCUCGCGGAGUUUCCCGCGGCCUCCAGAAUGAGAUGCCGGCGCUGCGACCGGAGCUUUCGUUUCUGUUUUUUCCGCCGAAAGUGGUCUCCGCGCAGGCGGGGCGCGGCGGCGAAGGCUGCGCGUCCUUCCGCAGAGAAAAGUGUCUGCCGCGGGGCGGACCCAACGGCGCGCCUGGCGGCAGGGGCGGCGACGUUCUCGUCCUGGUUAGGGAGCAGACGCCGGUCGCCUCAAACCCGCCGAGGAUUCCGCGCAGACGCGAAGCAGCCGGAGAUCCGCAACCACGGCGCGGCGAAGAGAGGGCGGGCGACUUCGACGAGAGCAGCGAGCAGGAAGCGCGCGCAGAAGAUGAGGGCGCAGAAGACGACGCAAGCGGAGAUCAAGCACCUGAGUUAGACGACACGGGGAGGUGGGGGAUCGGAGGCCAUGGAGAGGAGCCACUUGCCUCAGGCAGCCAGAGACGAAAGAGUGGAGAGAAUCGCUGGCUGCUCAGACGUGCAGAGAGACGCGAAGAGACAGAAGACCUCAGCAGGCGACAGCGCGGCCUGUGGAAGGCUGAAGAUGGCGGACGAGGCGGCGGCGACAUGCGACAGGGAAGCGCCGGUAAACCAGUGCGCAUGUCGGUGCCGCCCAACACACUCGUGCUGGACGUGACAGAGAUGGAGGAGGAACUCAGCGCGCUGAAGGAGAGGAGAAACGCAUUAGAAGGCGACGAAGGCGGAGACGAAGAGGAACGGGUGAUGAAAGACGAACUUCACAAGAUGCUCAGCGACGCAGAGGCAGCUGUCGGCGAAGACGAAAAAGCGCUCCCCGGACGAGGAGAAAGCGCGAGCGGAGGCGUCGUGGAAGAGAAACCAGAAGAAAGCGGAGGCGAGAGAGAUUGCGAGAGAGGAGAGGAAAUCAGCGAAGAAGAGGAGUUUGAGGCCUUUGCUGAGAUGUUUGGAGAGUUCCUUCUCAAAGAAGCGAAGCGGGAAAGCAAGCAGAAGCAGAAGCCUCCACUCGGUUCUAGCAGGGCGCUGCUGGUGAACCAGGCCACGAAGGACGCCAGACCGCGGCAAAGAAAGCGCAGAAGAGACUCACUCACCCUUGGGCAGGACGAGAAGGACAGAGACGACGGAGAAGACGCAGAGGAGGAAGGCGCCGAAGCAGCAGCCUUGGAAUCUUUUUUCUGUUCUCUCUUCGGGCCGCCCAGCCGGCGCGCAGACGUGGCGAAGAGAAAGAAAAAGCAGGAGUCUUUCUGCGAAUACGGCGACAGAGAGGGAGACAAGAGACGGCACCACGGCGUGCGGUCUCCAGAGGAAUCUGCGGCGAGUUUUGAAGAGAGGGAGGGUGAGGGAGAGAGAGGACGCGGAGACGAGCGAAACGAAGAGGAACGAGGAGAACGAGAAGGCAGAGGCGCAGAAAAACGAGGCGCAGAAAAACGAGGCGCAGCCGACAGCGGCGGGACACGGCGCGGAGACAGACGCAUGACACGCGGCGGAGCUGGGGAGAGCAACGACGCUGACGAGGAAGAUGAAAAGGAAGAGCAAGAGAGAGACGAGCUGGGAGACGAAAACGGUCAAGAGUCUCCUCCGGCGAUCCACGGCGUCUACCUCAGUCGAGCGGGACAGCAGCUCCUUCUCGCCCGAGGCGGAAGGGGAGGCAGAGGCAACGCAGCUUUUCUCACAAACACGAAUCGAUAUCCCACGACAGUCGAGCGCGGCGAAGAAGGCGAGAGACGCCGGCUGCUGGUCUUGCCUAACUUCGCGGACGUCCUCGUCGUUGGAUUCCGAGGAUCAGGAAAGACUUCGCUUCUGCAAAGCGCUGCACAGGGGGUGGCUCAGCAAGACGUGCCCCCUGCGUCUGCGCUUCCUCCGUCGUUCCUCUCGCCAGCCCUUCCUGGCAGCGGCGCGACGUCGCUGGUGUGUUGGCCUUCUGUGUCCGCCGUGGCGAGUCCGCCCGCAGGGGAGUCGCAGCGAAAGGGCGAGAGAGGAGACUCCUUGUCUCCUACCGCCUCGAGCGACCGCGACGCCGCCCACGCGCCUCCGCCGCCGCGGCUUGGGCUGGAGCGCGCGAACUGCGUCUUUCUGCUGGAUGCGCCUGGCCUCUGGGAUGGCGAAAUGGCGAGAAAAAUGGGCGAAGCUGCCCCGGCCCCCCUCGCGCCCUCUGCGGCCGCGGUCCUCGGCGGGAUGGCGGCGUGCCGCCUCACAGCCAUGAUCCUCGACGCCUCGAAUCCGGCUGAUCUCGUGGAGCAGUACAAGCGCCUGUGUCGAGCGCUCCACAGCGGCCUGCCGAGCGCGUUGCGCGUGCCGCGAAUCCUCGUCCUGUCGAAAACCGAUCGGGCGCCGCCUGAGACUCUGCGGGAGCAGGCUCAGGCCUUGCAGGCCUUCACUCUCAACCCCAAAAUCUUCCCGGUCUCAGGAGGCUCCGCGCAAAGGCCUGCAGAAGCCGGCCGUCGCGAAGUCUCUGCAGCGCGCGCAUCUCCUGUGGGGGACUGCGGCGGCGCCGAGACUGCUGAGACCGCCUCUUCAUCUUCCUCUCUUUCUUUUGAUCGCCUGCUGGAUGUGUAUCGCCUCGUGGGCACGCGGCCGGUGAGCGUGCACACGUGGGACGCGCUGGAGGCAGAGCGGCAGCGCAGGCUGCGGAAGAGGAGAGUCGAAAGCCAGGCGAGCGGAGCCUCCUCGUUGCCGCGUGAAAGGCUGCGUAGCGAGGCGGCGAGCUCUGCGCGGUGGUCGCCGACGGUGUACGAGAAAGUCAGCCACGGCCUAAAGAGGCUGCUGGCGAGCCAAUCGGAGAUCCACAUGUCGCGCGGCGAGGAGAGAGGAGACGCCGAUCGAGAAGUGAACAGGCAAGACGACGCGACAGGCGCAGGAGGAGCGAGGCAGUGUGGUGAGAGGAAAGAGGAUUCGGCUGAGCCCGGUGAAGAGAGGAUGCCGGCUUCAGCCUGGAGCGUCAGUCCCGCGGGAGACCCCGCGCUGCGUCUUUUAUCAGCAGUGGCGAGAGGCACACAGAACAGAGACGAAGGAGGAGAGAAACGAAGACCAAACAAGAAAAAAAGGAUGAAAACCUCAACGACUGGCCUCAUCUCCUCGAAGGAGAGAAGCCUCGAAGACCGCGAGGCCGGCGACGCAUUCCCCGCCAUGCCAAGGAUCCAUCGCCCGCUUGAAUGGACGUGGGAAGAAGAGGAAGCGACGCCGAAAAAAAGUGAGAAAAGAAAGACCUACACGUUCACCUCAAAGAACAAUCUGCCUCUCUCCAGCUCCCUGCCUCAGCGAGCGGCCCUGGUUCCCGUGUCCUCGCGUGCAUGCGUUGGAGCCUGCGAUGUCUCGAUUGUCUCGUUUCCAGAAAAACACGCGGGCCGCGUCUUCCGCGUCUCUGGGAGUUUGAUAGAAACGCUCACUGGACAAGUGAAGGACUUCGACGGCCAGGCGACUAUGCGCCUCUACAGACAGCUCGCAGCGCGGGGGGUCAUCGAACAACUCUUUCUCGAGGCGGGGGCCGAGGAGGGCGACACCCUGCUUGCUGGCGACGCGCAGCUCAAGUUCCUGCCGUCUUAUAGUCGGAGAAUGGAGAGCUUGAAGCCUCUGCUGGAGACAGAGGGCCUGCAGCCCUUGGCUCGCGAGCUUCACGACCCAAAAGAGACGAGCGGUGAAGAAGAAAAACUUGAAACCUGGCUCAACACCGAAGCCGAGAUGCCAAUGUCACUCUACGAUCGCGAGGCGAGGCGCAUGUGGACUAGACGACGGCGGAGUUUUUUCAAACACGCGCGGUCGCUGAGCCGCCAGGCGGGCGGCGAAGCGCUCGCCAGGGGCACAGCUGCUGUGCCUUGGAAGCUCUACGGGGCCACCAUGGGAGCAGCGGAACGCGAGAGGAAAAAGUGA